GCCUCAAUGGAAAGAAAAAAAGUUUUAUUUUGUCUCCCAUUUUUAAAGAAAUUCAUGCAAUCCUAAAAAAAAAAAAUAAUAAAAAAAAAAUUAAUAAAUAAUUUUUUAAGAGCAUUUUUUUCCCCUCCCUCUCAUAAAAUGGCAAGUCCGUCUACAGAGAAGGCUUGUUUUUCGGACGUGAGAAAGGUGGGUUAUUUAAGGAAACCCAAAAGCAUGCACAAAAGGUUUUUUGUUCUUCGAGCUGCAAGCGAUACCGGACCUUCCAGGUUGGAGUACUACGAGAAUGAGAAAAAAUGGAGACACAAGUCUGGGGCACCAAAAAGGUCAAUACCACUCGAGAGUUGCUUCAAUAUUAACAAAAGGGCGGACUCCAAAAACAAACAUCUGGUGGCACUGUACACCAAAGACGAAUACUUUGCAGUCGCAGCGGACAGCGAGCCGGAGCAGGACGCGUGGUACCAAGCCCUAGUAGACCUCCACAACCGAGGGAAGGUCCACGAGAGUGCCAGGAGCAACGGUGUCGGAGAUGAUGAUUACGGAGAGGCUACGCCCGGGCCUGCCUUCAAAGAAGUAUGGCAGGUUAUACUGAAACCAAAGGGACUCGGACAGACCAAAAACUUAAUUGGCGUGUACAGACUGUGUCUCACGGACAAGACUUUGGCUUUCGUGAAGCUCAAUUCAGACGCCGCGGCGGUCGUUUUGCAGCUGAUGAACAUCCGAAGGUGCGGUCACUCGGAAAAUUUCUUCUUCAUCGAAGUCGGGAGGUCUGCGGUGACUGGGCCCGGCGAGUUCUGGAUGCAGGUCGACGACUCGGUCGUGGCUCAGAACAUGCACGAGACUAUCUUGGAGGCGAUGAAAGCCAUGAGUGAAGAGUUUCGUCCCCGUAGCAAAAGCCAGUCGUCUUCCAACUGCUCCAACCCCAUUUCUGUGCCGGUGCGAACCAGGCAUCAUCACAACAACCCUCCUCCGAGUCAGGUCGGGUUGGGAAGGCGUAUGAGGGCUGAAAGUGUCACGGCUACGUCUCCGGCUGGCCCAGGCAGACACAGCCAUUCGUUCAGAGUGAGGGCGUCCAGUGACGGAGAAGGAACUAUGUCUAGGCCAGCGUCUGUAGACGGCAGCCCAAGUAGUCCAAGAUCCUCUAGGCCACAGUCUCAAAGGCAUAGGGGUAGAUCCAGACUGCAUCCACCUCUAAAUCAUAGCAGGUCCAUCCCUACUCCAUCAUCACGAUGCUCUCCAUCAGCGAUCAGCCCUGUAAGUCUGUCCUCCAGCAGCACUAGUGGACACGGGUCCACUUCAGAUAGUCUUUUUCCCCGACGCUCCAGUGCCUCUAUAUCUGGGUCGCCCAGCGACGGCGGCUUCAUCUCGUCCGAUGAAUACGGUUCCAGUCCGUGCGAUUUCCGAAGCUCCUUCCGCAGCGUGACCCCCGACUCGCUCGGACACACCCCUCCUGCCAAAGAAGAGGACUUGAAUAACUACAUAUGCAUGACCAAGUCUGGUUCACUAAGUAGUACCGAGAGCCAAUCCAGAGGAACACCGUCUCACAUGGAUGAGCCAGACUUGGAGAAAUGUUUCAGGAAAAGGACUCAUUCCUCUGGCACCCUGUCACCUCCAGCCACCUGCCACCAAAAAACGCCUUCACAGUCAUCUGCCGUGUCUCUGGACGAAUACACAGUCAUGACACCGGCAUAUAAUCACAGCCGAUCUGUAUCGUCGUCGUCACCGUCGAUAUAUCGGAACUUGUCCACGAAUUCGUAUCCUGAAGAAUGCUUGGGUAUGCCGACGGCGGAAGGUGGCAGCGAGUCCAGUCACAAGGACGACGGCUACAUGCCGAUGUCACCGGGCGUGGCUCCUGCAGUGGUAACGGGAAACAGCGGCGACUAUAUGCCUAUGAGUCCAAAAAGUGUUUCGGCCCCACAGCAGAUAAUCAAUCCACGGCGAGUGGACUCCAAUGGCUAUAUGAUGAUGUCACCGAGCGGUAGCUGUUCCCCAGACGUUUCUACAAACUACAGGAAGAUCUGGACCAACGGCAUGAACCCGUCGUUGUCCGUUGAGAGCACGGAGGGGAAAGUGUCCUCGUGCGGAGACUAUAUAAACAUGUCUCCUGCUAGCGGCUCAACCACCGGCACGCCACCGGACUGCUACUUCAACCCUGUAGACGAGCUGUCCAGGCCAGCGUACGCCUACUUCUCUCUGCCCCGUUCCUUCAAACACGCCAACGGGAAGCAGGACAAGAGCCCCUUGCGGAUGUCACUUGGCAGCGCUCGCAUGGUUUGCGCUGACUCUUCCUCGUCUUCGGCUAGCAGCGACAGUUUGGGUGGUCAGUGUAGUUCGCAACACCCUUCUGUCAGGCCCAAAAGGUCAGAGGUCACCUCUAGGCUGUCACGACCAACAAGGCUAUCGUUGGAUGCUAACCGAGCUAGUACUCUUCCAAGAAUGCGUGAAAGCCCUUUCCCUGGUGAGCCCAAAAGUCCGGGAGAGUACGUCAACAUCGAGUUUAACGACCAAGCGUUUUCAGCGAGCUUAGCAUCACUUUUUUCACCUGUGUUCACUGGUAACAGGGCAGACGUCCAAUCGGAGCUGACUUCUUCCGACUACAUGAACAUGCAGCUAGGUUCACAGAGCUUGCUCUCGCAGUCUAGAAAAUCGACGUCCAGUUCCCCAGACUAUGCCGUUGUUAGUCCGUCCGAAAACUCGGCCUCGUCGCCUCACCUGCCUCGUGAAAGUAUUCGUGAACGUGACUACAUGAGCAUGCAACUGGGCUCUUACACUACAGACUAUCCUGAUUCCCAGAGGAUGCUUAUAAACACUUCGUUACAAGACCCAGAAGUCCUGCUCUGCUCUGAGUCGCACAGCGACGACGUCUCGACGUUAGGUGCAGCCCCAGUGAGGUCUGUGCUUAUUGGUCCUUUGACAGAUCUCAGCGCCUUCUCCCGGGUAAACCCGACUCCGACGAGAAACCAGGCUGCCAAAGUGAUCCGGGUGGACCCACAAGGCAGGAGACGGCACAGCUCGGAAACGUUUGCCUCCACGACAAGCAAAGGCGCCGUAAGCGCAGCCACGGGCUUUCAGUCAGAAGACGUCAAACGCCACAGCUCUGCUUCUUUUGAGAACGUUUGGUUAAAGCCUGUCGAGGCUUCCACCGCCGCCUCUCCUCCAGCUCCUGCUGCUGCUGCUGACACGACGUCCAGUGUCGACCCUCACAACCAAAACGGCCUGAACUACAUCGAUCUGGAUCUGGCUCAGAACCGAGAGCCUCUCGAUCAGGAUUGGAGCUCAAGCUUCCAGACUCGGCAGGUGGACUUCGGGACCGCAGGGGCAGCAGAGGAACCGAGUGCCUAUGCCAGUAUAAACUUUCAGAAAGCCGACGACUCCAGAGGAAACCUCACUUACAGAGAAGAAUGAAAAGCAGCUACAUCUCAUCACCCACCGAGUCUCCCAUCAGCCUCGGAUCAAGCCGGACCCCUGCGACUCCUCGUCUAUAACCCGGACCUCAGACUUGCACGCUCGGACCUUCCGGGAACGCUGGCCUUCACAAAUCUGUAGUUCUCGUCAAUCCUGGAGUCCUCAGGGCCUGGGGUCAGAUGGUUUUAAAACCUCAGCGUGACCGUACUGAUCAGGAAAUCAGCUUAGUUGCCUUUCCAUUGAGAUUUUACUCUUAGUCUGGCUUCAGUGUUCAGACCUCCUCAAUGUGUAGUUCUUCUGCAGCAAUGUUCGACACUGAAGCGGUGUUAGUGUUGGUGUUAGUGAUGUGGUACAAACUUUUAGUCAACAGUACAGGAUGUUUGGUUUUUUUUUUCUUCCCUAGCGGUGCUUUUACUCAUUCAUGCCUGUAGUAAUAUUUAAUAGUAUUUAUGUGACUGAUGGUACAGGUGUUUAGAAAGUUCAGGUAUGGAGAUGUAAUCUUCUGAAUGUGUGUAUAAUACAGUGCUCAGUGUUGAUGGUACCCACUUUCUCCCCGAUGCUAUCGCAGCUAGUGCGUGAUUAUACCAGAUCUGGUACGUUUUCGAUUGCGAAAUACAUCACAGGUGGACGAAUCAUAAAUUCAUCCGGGUGACACCGGGUUAUAAAUAAUUCCCUGUGGAUAACCAUAUUAUCCUCUUCGGGAACAUUCAUGAAAAUCCAGGACGCUCGUAACCUACGACAAUUUACAGAUUGUUUAAUUACUGUAAGUUUCUCACACAGGUUACGUUGUGAAGUUGAAAUCACGUGUUUAUUUCAGUUACACACACCGUUUUAAUGAAUAUUUUUUGGAAACCAAAUGAAAACCAGACGAGCCAUUUUAAUCAGGACAAAAGUAAUGGAACUCCGUGUAGUAGUAGUAGUAGUAGUAGUAGCUGCAGUGGCUGAGCUGCAUUACUGGAAUGCGCUGUUUAGUUCCCGUUUGCGAGCACGCUUGGUACUUCACAUGUUUUUGGCAUCGAAUUUAACGUACGCGCGCGAGUAAGAAGAAAAUCUUACAAAAAUGAACGAACGUUCUAAAUCUGCUGGGAAUUUUAAGUUCAUUUUUAGCUUAUUUGCUGAAGUUUACGAAAAAAGUUUGAAAGUUUCAGCCGUGAGCCAUGGUGUCCACCCGUUUGUCCAGCCAACCGUACACAGUGCCAACACGCGUUCACACUGUGACCCACAUUACGUCUACUUUCCUUUCCAUGGGUUGUGUUUUAUAUUUAAGAAAAUGUGCGUCAUCAUAUCCCGGCUCUUUACGGGUUCAGACUACUCCGAGGAGCCACGGUUUUUAGGUACUAUAUCUGAUACAGUAGAUAUUCUUCAGGUCGAAAUGGUUUCACAUUUAUACUUUCAGGACCCUGAUCAACCACAGCUACCUACACCAUCGCUGCUAUAUGACACAAGGGCACGAUGGCGAAUUCCAAAAAAAAAGAAAAAAAAGCCAUGUGCAAUUUUCCUUCAUAUAUGCGCACAAAAACGGUAUUGGUCUCGUCGCGUCCAAUCACAUCACUCGUCUCUUACCUUUUCAACAGCUCUGCCGUACUGGUUCGAGGUUUACACUUCCGGGGCGAAGGUGUAGUGCGUUAGAUCGCCUGCAGCCGCCUGUAAUUAUACGCUCAUUUCAAAUGGACGCCACCGGUCUGUCCGUUCUUGCACAGUUUUAAAAUUACAAAUCGGUACGAAUCUGUGUAUACGUGUAGAUCGCUUUCUGGUGUUUGCAUCCCCUGAAACGCAUGUUCUCAUCCCUUGGACUCCUAGAGAACCCCCCCAUCCUGCACAAUUGAGCGUUUUCCCUGGUCUAACACGCCUACUUCAAAACGGGAAGUGUGUCAGGAGCAGGGAGAACCCUAAAAUGCUCAGGAACACCAAGACUCCAAGGGUUAGGAACCCGUGUCCUACAACCACAGCAGUGAACACGACGCCCCAAAUGGGGCAUAAAGUUGAUCACAUGAUUGCUGUGUGUAUGAGAGAGAGAGAUAGAGAGAGAGGGAAAAAAGAUAAACAUGAUCGCCAUCAUGUGAGUGUUGUAUUAUUUGUAAAAUUGUACGAUUAUUUUUUUUUUGUGCGGAAUAUAUUUCUCAGUCAGGCCCAUUUAGAAACGUACGAACGAACGGUACUUUUAAAAAAUAUAUACGUUUUAAUUUAUACGCAGGUUAUCGAGCAGUUCGUAACCGACCCUGCAGUAUAUCCGUGUUGUAAUUUACACUGCGUUGCUGUUAAACCUCAGAAGCCAGCACAUUUUUAUUUGCAAUUUUUUUUUUUUUAAGAUCUUUUAUUUAUUUUAUUUUAUUUUAAUUUUUUGUUGAAUUUCAUUUUAUUUUUGCAUAAAAAAAAAUCUUUUCCUGUGACAUGCUCAUGUCUCAAUGUCAUGUCUACAAGAAUGAAGAGAAAACUGAUGUACAAAAAAAAAAAAAAGGUCUCAAAGUGUCACACUUGCUGCUGAUCGGAGAAAAAUCCAUCGAGAACAAUCUGUAAAUUAUUGAAUAUAAACGUACCACUUUGUGUUAUUUGUAUUGUGUUUUGUGUAUUUAACAGUUUAUGGUUUGUUUGUAUUUUUAUUUUUUUUGCCUUGUGCCUUGAUAUACAGUCAAUAUGGGGUUUAGAAAUCUCUCUUUAAAACUGUAACAUGAAUAAUCUGUUAUCUAUUUUUUUUUGGGGGGGGGGGUUCUACUCUUGGAGGAAAAACAAAACAGAACAAAGGUACUUACCAAAAAGAGUGCAGAUAUAACCUGCUCUGAGAACUUUCACGUCUCUUCAGAAUUGGAGUCAGAGCCAAGUUGUGCAUGGCCGAUCUACACCCUAACCUGUCUUCCACUGUAUAUAUUGUAUUGUAAAAAAAAAAAAAAAGAAAAGAAAUGAGUAACACACAUGUGAUGAGUGGUCCAUUGAAAGAGUGCAUGGUCUAACAGGUACUGAAAAAAAAAAAAAUCAGUGUUGCUUUCCUCGUUAAGGAGUGUGAGAAUGAACGAAUGGCUGGAGCGUGAGCGUUGUACUAAUGGACACGUGCAUACGCACACCAACAUUAAGGCGAGGCCUGUGUAUACCUUCCUUACUCCCCUUUUAUUCAGGAGAAUGGAAUCUUUUUUUUUUUUUUUUUUUUUUUUGGGAACUCUUCUGUAAUAAAGUAGAAAACUGUCUCUU